AUGUCGGACAAUGUGCAGGUAGAAGCAUCUCCGGAGAGCGACGGAGCACAGCAGCUAGCCUCACAAGGGGAAUACCGUUUCGAUAACGAUGGUUUCGGGCAAGUUCAGAUCCCAAAAGACAAGUACUGGGGUGCCCAAACCCAACGGGCCAUCGCCGUCUUCUCCAUCAGCCGCGAGAAGUUUCCACCCUGUCUUAUACGCACAUUUGCAUUGCAAAAGACCGCUGCUGCCCGAGCGAAUCAGCGAUUAGGAUGUAUCGAUGAUAGACUCACGUCAGCUAUUGUGGAGGCAGCUGCUGAGGUUCGUGAUGGGCGUUUCGAUGAUCAUUUCCCUUUGACGGUUUGGCAAACUGGCUCUGGAACUCAGACAAACAUGAACGCCAAUGAGGUUAUUGCAAACAGGGCUAAUCAGAUCGUUUCCGAGGCCAAGGGAGCAAGCACGUCAGUAUUGGGUUCGAAAUACCCUGUGCAUCCAAACGACCACGUCAACAGAUCUCAGUCUUCCAACGACAGCUUCCCGACAGUCAUGAAUAUUGUGACUAUGACGGAACUGCUCGAUACUCUCAUCCCAUCUCUCUCUGUGUUGGAGUCGGCACUGAACCGCAAGGCUGUUGAGUUCGAAUAUUUCAUCAAGAUCGGUCGGACACAUCUCAUGGACGCUGUCCCUAUGACGAUGGGUCAGUCAUUUGACGCAUUUGCACGUCAGAUUGGCCACCACAUUGAUCGCAUCCGGAACACGUUUGAUAGACUGCGCGAACUUCCCCAGGGUGGCACAGCUGUGGGCUCUGGCAUCAACGUGCCGCCAGGUUUUGACUCGUUGUUUUUGGACGUCAGCGGUGUACUUAACGGCUUGGCCACCUCCUUGCUCAAGAUAGCAACAGAUCUACGCUUCCUCGGCUCAGGACCAAGAUGCGGACUCGCUGAGAUUGUGAUCCCUCGCGACGGCCUCACGUCUUCCAUCAUGCCCGGAAAGCGCAAUCCGACACUUGCUGAAGUGAUGAGCCAGAUCGCCUUUCAAGUCAUGGGCAACCACACAACGGUCACCGUGGCCGGAGCAGCUGGCGGGCAUUUUGAGCUCAAUGUGGCAAAACCUGUGAUUAUUUACAAUGUUCUUCAGAGCAUCGAGCUGUUGACACAGGGUGUGGAAUCAUUCACAAGGGGUUUGGUUGAGGGCUUGAAAGUGGACAAAAAGGUUCUCAAACGUAACGUGGAUAACUCGUUGCUGUUGGUGACGGCUCUGAACCCGGUGAUCGGGUACGAUGCCGUGUGUAGCAUUGUGAAUUUGGAGAUGGAGGAAGAUCUUACGCCUAAAGAGGCGGCACUGAGGCUUGAGUUGGUGGCGGAAGAGGUUUAUGAUGCAGCGGUAAACCCGGCUAAGAUGAUUGGACUGGUCCUGGACCAAGAGCCAAAACAAACGUUGGACAAGUAG